AUGGAAUCGGAUUGUCGCAUACUUCAAACUGCAUUGUUUUGUACGGUCGGACACAUACUCACUCACAGAUUUCCAGGCUCCAAGCUUAAACAAUGUCAGAUGAGAAUGAAAAUGAAUGAAGACAAGGAGCAUGUUCACGUCCUCGUUAUUAUUGGUGCUUCUGGUGAUUUAGCAAAAAAGAAGACUUACCCAACUUUAUGGUGGUUGUUUCGCGAUGGUCUUUUACCUCCUCGAACUUACUUUAUUGGAUUUGCGAGGUCAGAUAUAACUGUGGAAAAUAUAAGAGAAGCAAGCGAAAAAUAUAUGAAGCUUCAUUCGCUUCCAUGUCAAAAAUAUGAAGAAUUUUGGAAGUGUAAUUUUUAUUUAAGAGGCGAUUAUACAGAUUCCACAACGUUUGAAUCGCUCAAUAGAUUCAUAGAAAAUAAAUGGGGAGAAAAUGUGAAUCGAAUAUUUUAUUAUGCUAUACCACCAUCAGUAUACAAGCCUGUUUCAGCAUCUAUCAAAGAGCAUUGUAUGUCUAAAAACCCUGAGACUUGGACUCGUCUAAUCAUUGAAAAACCUUUUGGUCGAGAUUUAAUAUCUUUUAAUGAAUUGAAUUCUACAUUGGCGUCACUUUUUACAGAAGAACAAAUUUAUCGUAUCGAUCAUUAUUUGGGCAAAGAAAUGGUACAAAAUCUAUUAAUUCUACGAUUCUGUAAUCAAAUCUUUAAUCCACUAUGGAAUCGUGAAAAUAUUGAUAAUAUUACAAUAUCAUUUAAAGAACCAUUUGGAACAGAAGGACGCGGUGGUUAUUUUGAUCAAUUUGGAAUAAUUCGUGACGUUGUUCAAAAUCAUCUCAUUCAAAUACUGUCAUUAGUGGCAAUGGAAAAACCUGUCUCUGUCAAUGCUGAUGAUAUACGUGAUGAGAAGGUUCGUGUUCUACGAAGCAUUGAACCUUUAACAAUGAAGGAUCUUGUAAUUGGACAAUAUGUUGCUGAUCCAAACGCUAGUCAUCCACCUGCAACAUUAUCAUACACAGAUGAUCCAUCAGUUCCUCCAAACUCCAUAACUCCUACCUAUGUUUGCGCUGUAUUAUAUGUGAAAAAUGAUCGUUGGAAAGGUGUUCCGUUCAUUCUACGAGCUGGAAAAGCAUUGAAUGAACGAAAGGCUGAGGUCAGAGUACAAUUCAAAGAACCUCAUUUUCACGUAUUUGGAUCAGAGGAUGUACCGCGUAAUGAAUUAGUCCUACGCGUGCAACCUGAUGAAGCAGUUUAUAUUAAAUUGAAUGUGAAAUCUCCUGGAAUGAAAAUUCAAACAGAAAUAACAGAAUUAGAUCUUACAUAUGCUAACAGAUAUAAACACAUCAAAUUGCCAGACGCCUAUGAAAGAUUAAUUCUAGAUGUAUUCUGUGGAGUUCAAACAAACUUUGUACGCAGUGAUGAACUACGUGAAGCUUGGCGUAUAUUAACACCGAUAUUGAAUUAUUUAGAAGAAAAUAAGAUCAGACCAUAUCCAUAUACUUACGGAAGUCGAAAUGGUCCCAAGGAGGCAGAUGAUUUGUGUAAACGAGCAGGUUUCCAAUAUUCUGGCAGUUAUGUUUGGAAAUCAGUAGAUCAAAGCAGCUAA